UGUGCAGGUGACUUGGGACAAACUGCAGAUUCCAAUCGAACUCUAGAGCAUUAUAUGUCGAACCCAAUAAAAGGCCAAGCUGUGCUAUUUGCUGGUGAUCUUUCAUAUGCUGAUGAUCACCCUAACCAUGACAAUACCAAGUGGGAUACAUUUGGUCGUUUCAUUGAGAAGAGCGUUGCGUACCAACCCUGGAUUUGGAGUGCAGGCAAUCAUGAAAUUGACUUAGCUUCUAAUUUGGAAGAAACCGAUCCUUUCAAGCCAUAUUUGCACCGCUAUUAUGUACCCUACAAGGCAUCCCAGAGUACUUCCCCAUUUUGGUAUUCAAUUAAGCGUGCAUCGACAUAUAUCAUUGUUCUUUCUUCUUACUCAGCCUAUGGGAAAUAUACCCCGCAAUACAAAUGGCUUGAACAAGAGCUCCCAAAGAUUAACAGAUAUGAAACUCCAUGGGUCAUUGUUAUUUUACAUGCUCCAUGGUACAAUACCAACCACUACCAUUACAUGGAAGGAGAAAGUAUGAGAGUCCAAUUUGAAUCGUUGUUUGUUCAGUACAAAUUUGAUAUUGUAUUUGCUGGCCAUGUUCAUUCUUAUGAGCGUUCAGUAAGCUUUCUUUCUAAUACAAAAUUAGAUAAUUUAUUUUCAUAUUGCUUACAAGAAUUAAUUUCUUAUCCUAUGUUGUAGGAACGCAUAUCAAAUAUUAAGUACAACAUUACAAAUGGAUUAAGCUUACCGGUUCGAGAUAUUAAUGCUCCAGUAUACAUAACAAUCGGUGAUGGUGGAAACAUGGAAGGCAUAGCUAACAAGUCAGACUGUUUAAUUGUUUCUUAGGUCAACUGAUUCUCAUAUUGAACUAUUUUGUAAAAUUGUCUACUUAUAAAAUUGACCUUUAAUUUUGCAGUUUUAUAUAUCCACAACCAAAUUAUUCUGCAUAUCGUGAAGCAAGCUUUGGGCAUGCAAUUCGUGACAUAAAAAAUCGAACUCAUGCUUAUUAUUGUUGGCAGCGUAAUCAAGACAAUGAACCUGUUGUAGCAGACUCUGCUUGGUUUUUUAAUAGGUUCUUUUCUUAUGGCGGAUGAAACCAUUCCAUGACAAGGAGACUUAGGAGAUUGUGCCCUCAAUUACAAGGAGGCUUAGAUUUUUGUUUGGAGAGAUUUUAG